CAAAGAAAAAAGAAAAACAAAAGGGGCCGGCGUCGUCUGGUUCCUUUCCGAAUAUACCUUAUCAUUUGCUCGAGAAGCCAACGAAGCUGCUGCUCAUCGUGCAGAUUGUGCGGUUGUGGGAGCAGGGGACACAUUUUAGUUUAUAAUGGCAGCUGUUCGGCGCAUCCUGCGGACUGCGCUUCAGCAUCCCCUCUACUUGAAACACGGUGUCCUCAAAUCCUUGCAGCAAUGCGCUGUUUCGUCCCGAUGCUUCAGUUUCAGUCCAUCAUCAAAUGCCGAGCGAAGGUUUUCAGAGAAACACGAGUGGGUCGUAAUGGAUGGAGAUAUUGGUACCGUCGGCAUCUCGCAGCACGCACAGGAAGCACUUGGUGAUGUAGUAUAUGUUCAGCCACCAGAUAUUGGCACGGAACUUACACAACAUGAUGAGUGUGGUGCCAUUGAAAGUGUUAAGGCUGCCAGCGAGAUUUAUACACCUGUUUCAGGGAAAGUCACGGAAGUCAACAAAGCACUUGAAGACAAACCAGCACUUGUAAAUAGCGACUGUUAUAAUGAAGGGUGGAUAUUCAAACUGAAGGUGAAGAAUCCUGAUGAAUUGAAGUCCCUCAUGGAUGAGAAGGCCUAUGAAGAAUUUCUAAAAUCUAGUGCUUAAAAAAAAUG